GCCGUGCUUUCUGCAGUGCCUCUGGAGAUCCACAUUAUAACACUUUUGACCAGAGAGUUCAUAAUUUCAUGGGAAAUUGCACUUACACCCUCUCCAAAGUGUGCAACGUCUUUGAGAGGCUUCCAUACUUUGAUGUAUCCACAACAAAUGAGCACAGAGGAGCCAACACCAAAGUCUCUUAUGUGAAGUCAGUGCAAGUGAAUGGCAGCAGAAUGAACUUGCCUGUAUUUAUUGAAAAGAAGAUCAGUAUUCAAAGCAGUGGUGCAUAUGUUCUCUUGGAAACUGACUUUGGACUGUGGGUGAGAUAUGAUGGAAACCACUAUGUAGAAGUCUCUGUGCCCUCUAAUUACCGCGGUCUGCUCUGCGGCCUCUGUGGUAAUUAUAAUGGUGAUCCAAAUGAUGACAACAUAAAGCCCAAUGGUGACAUUGCAAGUGGCUCCACUGAUCUUGGACAAAGCUGGCUUGUGCCUGAGAAUAACACCAUAUGCUCCAGUGGGACAGAAGAGCAAUGUGAUCCUGUGCUGGAGAGUGAAGCAAAGAAGAACACGGCAUGUGGCAUGAUCACAGACCCAACAGGAAUCUUCAAGGAUUGUCAUACCAAAGUGCCUCCAGAGAAUUUCUUUGAAAACUGUGUUUACGACCUGUGUUUCACUGGUGGACAGGCAACAUCCUUAUGCUACGGACUGCAGGCUUAUGCUGAGUCGUGUAUCAAUGCUGGGAUAUGCAUAGAGUGGAGGAAUGCUACUCUUUGCCCAAUAUCCUGUCCCGGAGGCAGCAUCUACAAGAGCUGUGGUACUAGAUGUCCCUCUACCUGUUUGAACAUCUCAGCAGUUGAUUCCUGCAGUUCCUUACCAGUGGAAGGUUGCUUCUGUAAGGAAGGCUAUGUUUUGAGUGGAGACAAAUGUGUGCCAGAAAGCAGCUGUGGUUGUGUUGAUGAAAAAAACCAGUACCAUCAGCUGGAUGAAAGCUGGUUCACCAGUUAUCACUGCACUGAACGCUGCACCUGCAAGGCUAAUAACACCAUUGCAUGCACAUCCUGGGAGUGUGGAGUCCGAGAGGAAUGCAGUAUUCAGGAUGGUGUGCUGGGCUGUCAUUCCAAUGGCCAAGCAACAUGUCAAGUGGCAGGAGAUCCCCAUUAUUUCACUUUUGAUGGAAUGAUGUACACUUUUGUGGGUACUUGCACCUACACCUUGGUUGAGGUUGCCAACACCAACAGUGUCAUUCCUAUAACCAUCCUUGGCAAGAAUGAAGACAGAGGACUAAGAGGGGCCACAUACCUGAAAGAAGUCUACAUAGAUGUGUAUGGUGUACGAAUCACCCUUCAGAAAAGCCAAGGAAUCCUGCUGAACAAUGAGAGAGUCUACACGCCAGUGGAGAACCGGUUGCAAGGUGUGUCCAUUGGAAACAUUGGCAGAUUUAUAGAAGUGGAAACUGACUUUGGUGUGAGAGUGAAAUAUGAUGGCAAUCACCAUCUGGAAAUCACCCUCCCACAGUCUUAUUUCUCAAAGGUACAUGGCAUGUGUGGUAACUUCAAUGACAAUCGUGAAGAUGACCUGUCCUUGCCCAAUGGUACACUUGUCAGUGUCGCACAGUUUGGAAAUAGCUGGAAAGUGGAGGAAGACAGUGAUGAAGGUUGUUUAUCAGACUUAAGAGAAGACGAUGUUCCUCCUUGCACUGCUGAGAAUAAACCAGUCAUUGAAAGCCAGUGCAAUGUCCUAAGAUCAGACAGAUUCAAAGCAUGUCAUAAUCUAGUCAAGCCUGAAGACUUCAUACAGAUCUGCAUCUAUGACAUGUGCCAGUAUGAUGGCAUGAAGUCUGCUCUCUGUGACAUAGUUCAAGUCUAUGUGGACACCUGCAGGAACCAUGGAAUCACCAUUAAAUGGAGGAAUAGCACAUUCUGUCCAUUGCCCUGCCCACCCCGCAGCCAUUACACAGACUGUGUCUCCAACUGUCCAUCAACAUGCAAUGACAUUUUUGCCUCUUCCCUUUGUGAGAAGACAGAAGAGUGCACAGAGGGCUGUGAGUGUGAUGAUAAUUACGUGCUCAGUAAUGGCAAGUGUGUGCCUCUAAGCAAUUGUGGCUGCAGAGAUGAUGACAACAAUUACUACAGUGCUGGGGAGACCUGGAUAACUCCACACUGCACCAAAAGAUGCCAGUGUCAGAAGAACGGCGUCAUCAAAUGUAAGAGCUAUAGCUGUGAUUCUAAAGAAACCUGCGUGAUCAAAAACGGAAAACACAAGUGCAAUCCAACAGGUUUUGGGAAAUGCCGGAUCAUGGGCGACCCACACUACCGCACCUUCGACGGCCUGGUGCACCACUUUCAAGGGAAAUACACAUAUAUUCUGGCUCAGACCAUCCCUAACCUACCUGAUACUCUGACGCAGUUCAGCAUUGAAGGCAUGAACUAUCCUUUCCGACGACGGCGACACAUUACUUACCUGAAAGAGAUUCUCGUCAAUGUUUACAAUCACACAGUGCGAUUCAGGCAGAACAAGGAGCUUGUGGUGGAUGGUGUGAGGGUGAGUCCCCCUGCUCGUCCUCAUGAAGGUAUUCAUAUAUAUCAGAGGAUAACAAGAAUUUACCUGGAGACAGAUUUUGGCUUAUAUGUGAGCUUUGAUGGCAAGCAAAAUGCAGAUAUAAAGCUGGCCAACACCUACAGAAAGAGAGUGGAAGGCUUGUGUGGUGACUUUGAUGGGAGAUACAGAAAUGACUUCACAACUCCAGAUGGCGUUUGGGUGAAGAAUGUGAAUGUAUUUGGCAAGAGCUGGAAAGUUCCUCUGAAAAGAACUACCUCUCGUCUCAGACGAGAUGUCAACUCAGAACGUCAGUCUGAGGAGGAACCAGAUCCAGGGCUUUUCCAAGGCUGCAGUGAAAAUCAGUUGAAGCAAGAAAACAGAACUUCAAGAUGUCAAAUCCUGACUGACUCAAAUGGUCCUUUUGUAAAGUGUCAUUCUACUGUCUCACCAGAUUUCUAUUUCACGAGCUGCCUGUUUGAUAUGUGUGUGGAAGGAGAUGAUGCUACCUUAUGUCGCAGUCUGGAGGAAUACGUGCUGGCUUGUCAGCAGCAAGGAGUCAGUAUGGAAGGCUGGAGGCAACAGACAGUUUGUGGUGGACCAUGUAUGCCAGAUCCUUGUAAGAAUGAUGGAGUUUGCUCUGAAACUACCAACAGCACCUCUCUCCACUUCUCCUGUGAAUGUUCAGAAAUAUACACAGGACUAAACUGCGAGGCUGAAAAGAUAGCUGAAGACCCUCCCACAGAGAAUCCUGAGGACCAUACAGUUGCCAUCAUCGUUGGAGUUGUGGCAGGUGUAGUUGUUAUCAUCAUUCUCAUCUCCUCUACAGUGUACCUGUACAGAAGGAAGAGAGAGACAUAUACACCUACGAACUCAAGGAAUUCUUCUUUGAAACAGUCCAGCGAUGUAGUGGAUGACAGAGCACAUGAGCAAGAUUAUGGCUGCAUUGUGAACGCUGCAUUUGAUCAAAAUUAA